UUUUUUUUUUUUGAAAAUAGUUCCUCUGCUGACUAGCACUCGCGAUCUGAUCGUUACCCUUCCAGCCACCUCCGCCGCCUCCUCGUCGCCGGCCAUGAUUCACGCGGUGAUGGUGAUAAGCACCCAGGCCAAGCCCCGCCUCCUCAAGUUCUACAGUUUCCAGCCACCGGAGAAGCAUCAGGAGCUCGUCCGCAGUGUCUUCCAAUUACUCUCUGCAAGGCCUGACGGCGUGAGCAAUUUCGUUGAGGUGGACUCGAUCUUUGGCCCGGGAACAAAAAUGGUCUACAAGCAUUUGGCCACCCUAUACUUUGUUUUUGUCUUUGAUAGCUCUGAGAAUGAACUCGCCAUGCUUGAUCUCAUACAAGUUUUUGUUGAAACAUUGGAUAGAUGCUUCAAGAAUGUAUGUGAGCUUGAUAUUGUAUUUAACUUCAACAAGCUGCACACAAUUUUGGAUGAGAUGAUACUGGGGGGACAGGUGAUUGAAACAAGUUCGGAGCAAAUAAUGAAAUCUGUGGAAGAGAUUGCAAGACUGGAGAAACAAUCAAGCACAACCAGCCUCAUACCCAAGUCGAUUUCAGAGCGUUUCAGUCGUUAAGGUUUCACUCGCUUCCACGACUGAACAUUCAUGGUGUGAUCUGAACCACAGAAGACAAGAUUGGCCCUCGAGCUUACCUUCAGUUCUCUAAAGAUUUGAAUCCCCUGGACACAGUCACUUGUUAUUGGUUAAUAUGCGUCUCACUGUAUCGCGCCCGAGCUGUAUGGUUUGAAGCCUGUGACCUGAAUGUAGUCCAGUACUGUUUGCUUGGACUGAUUGUCUGAAUGUGCUUGCUGAGGUUCAGACAUUAUGCAUCUGUAGCAAUAUAGAGGGAUAGCUGGUUUCUCAUUCGCCUCUUGAUCUCAGCUGUAUGAACUUAGAUCGAUGUGAAAUUUUUUGGGCCAGACGUUGGCAUUCAUAGAUGUAACUCUGCAGAGCUUCAUUUUAUUUCUUCUUUACUCUCUGGUA